UCAUGAAGACACGCCCACAACGGAAGUGCGGCCACUGGGUUUCCUGUCAUUUUUAUUUUGGUCAAUAUCUGACACACUUGUUCGUAUCUUUUUAAGGAAAACCUUCUGACAAGCUCAGCAUACUUUUAUUCUCUGAAGCGGACAAAAGUGCGUUACAUGAAGAUUCCACGAAUUUCAUUACAAGGGCUCAGUUUUAUGUAGUUCGCUACAUUUGAUUUUUGCAAGCUAGCUGACUAAGCUGUCACUUGAGCCGUUAGCCUGCUAGUCGAGUGAUCAGCUGUUAAUGCAACAUACUGGAAGAAACUGAAAUAAUUCUCUCUUUGAUUAAAAUCAUACCUGUGCACGAUUGUUUCCAUUAACGUGGACAGAUGAAGUGAAACGACUGUCAAGAUAAUCAGGCUUCUGCAAGCAUAGCCAGCUAGCUUGUCAAAUCGUGCAAUAGCUAACCCAGUGCAGGGAGUUUGAAUAUUUAUUUCACUGUCUUGUUUCUCAGAUGAUCACAGCUCGUUCCUACUAAUUUAUAUUUUGCUCUAUCUCGUAGUCUUUGGUUUUUAGAAUUGCAAUGCUGGCACCACCAAUCCCUACCAUCAUGCCGGCUCUUCUGGAGAGGCCCAAACUGUCCAAUGCCAUGGCGCGUGCCUUACACAAGCACAUUAUGAGAGAGAGGGAGCGGAAGAGGCAGGAGGAGGAAGAGGUUGACAAAAUGAUGGAGCAGAAACUCAAAGAAGAGGAAGAGAGGAAGAGGAAGAAAGAGAUGGAGGAGCGGAUGUCCUUAGAGGAGACCAAAGAGCAGAUACUGAAGAUGGGAGAGAAGCUGCAGUGUCUUCAAGAGGAGAAGCACCAGCUUUUCCUGCAGCUGAAGAAAGUCCUGCACGAGGAGGAGAAAAGACGACGCAAAGAACAGAGUGACAUGACAACUCUGACUUCGGCAACAUACCAGCAAAACAUGGCCAUCCACACAGGACAGCACCUUCUUAGCAUGCAAGGUGACCCCUAUUCGGCAUCUUCAGUGAUCUCUCUAAGAACAGGUCAGGUGAGUCAUGGGCGUCCAGGGGCUCUUCUUGGGGAACGCAGUAAACAGCUCUUCCAUUCUCCAGUCAUGCCUCCACGCCAUUUCCAGUCUCAGCCUGGAUUUAGUGCAGGUGGAACAGAGCAUGGCCAGUACUCUGGAACCCAGCCCAGUCACAGCCCUUAUGGAGUAACCCAGUCGCAGCAUACAUCACCCUUUGCCUCUAGUCAGCCGGUGCCAGGCAACUAUGCCAGUGGUUCACAACUCAGAGGUGCGUCAGCGUUCCAGGCCAUGCAGUACCUGCCCCAUCAGCAGCAGGGCUAUGCAUUCAACAGUCAUUUCACCUCUCAGCCAGGUUAUAUCCCCAGUGCUGGGAUUCCCCUGCAGAAACAGUUGGAACAUGCCAACCAGCAGUCUGGCUUCACUGACUCUAGCCCACUGAGGCCCAUGCAUCCACAGGCUCUACAUGUCAGUGCUGCAGGUUUGCUGCCCAACCCCUCCAUUGCUGUCCAGAUCCCUCCUGGAAAGUCUGGCCUACCAUAUGCACACCCACCAAGACCAGCUUCCCCAGGUGCAUUCACACAUGGAACGGCCACACAACAAACACAUGCAGCUACAUUUCAAAGCUCUUCUCAACCAGCCCCUCGACACACCUACCUCUCUCACAGCCAAUCAGGGCAGAGGUUUUAUCACCAUGGCAAAUAGCUAUCCAGUUCAGAUUAACCAAAUGCAAGAUGUUAGGGAAGGAAGAAAAGAUCCAUCACUUGCACAGCACACAAGCUUGGCAUGUUAUGAUUUAGAACACAUGACUGUAUUUCUGUCACAAUCAAGUUGUUUUCUCUGUUAUCUUUCAACUACAAGACCUCCCUUUGCAACAGGGUAUGCAAUUUACUUAAAUAUUACAGUGGGAUGUGUCUGAAUGUUAAUUUUCUAUUCAUUUUAAAAAUACCAAUAACAGCUGUGCCAACAUUUGUACCAUCAAAACAGCAAACAAGAGGUAAAUCUGAUUGUUUAAAACAAUUAAACUCAACAAGAUUCUAAGUUCUGUAACAGGCCUCCCACUCAGGGCUGUCUAUAACUUGCAUUAAUGUUGAUGAAUGCACCUUUUUCCCUUGUUCAAAAAAGCAAGCUGCCACAGGAAAGUAAUAUUUUCUUAUGAUUUUAAAUUGUAAAUGUAACAUUUUAGCUGACCAACUGAAAAUCACAACAUUGCACUUAAAAUUUUAUUAUUAAUGUGUUAAAAAGAGCUUGUUAACAAUAUUAAUGUUAAUAAAUAGUUGUGUAGA